AAUAAUAAUAAUAAUAAUAAUAAUAAUAAUAAUAAUAAAAAAGAAAGAACAGAUACAUCGGAGACUAUCAUAGAUGCGCCGCGAUCGCUUCGUCUGAGAACCCUAGGCCUCAAAUUCCAGUUCAGACUUUUGGUUGCAUUGUCCAAAGAUGUUAGAGCAGUUAUUUAUUUUCACUAGAGGGGGGUUGAUCCUCUGGACCUGCAAAGAGCUUGGAAAUGCUCUUAAAGGUUCUCCGAUUGACAUCUUGAUUCGGUCUUGUCUCUUGGAAGAACGAUCAGGUUCUACAUCCUAUAAUUAUGAUGUGCCAGGAGCUGCUUAUACUCUUAAGUGGACAUUUCACAAUGAACUUGGAAUUGUAUUUGUUGCUGUUUAUCAGAGGAUUCUCCAUCUUUUGUAUGUUGAUGAUCUACUAAUGAUGGUUAAGAAAGAGUUCUCAAUGAUAUAUGAUCCCAAAAGGACCCUGUACAAUGACUUCGAUGAUAUUUUUCAACAGCUUAGGAAGGAGGCAGAGGCACGUGUUGAGGAAAUGAAGAAAUCAAAGCAGGCGGGAAAGCCUAUGAAGAAUACUCUUGCUAAGAAGCAAGGACAAGUUCAGAGGGGCAUGUUUGAUGGAGGUAAUAAAAAAAGUGAAUCAGGAGAUGAUGGUGGAGAGGACAAGGUUAAAAACCGCUCACUAGAAAAUGGCAAUUCUAAUUGUAGUUUUGAGAAUGGGAGUUUGCCUGCAGAGGGGGCUGAUAAGGUUAAAGAGAAUGUUAGCUCUAAAACUGGGGCAUUCGAUGUAAAUAAGUUACAGAAACUUAGGACUAAAGGUGGAAAGAAAACCGAUACUGUUGUUAAAAAAGGUUCUAAGGCGGAGGCCGCCGCAGAGCCAAAGAAAAUAAUGAAAAAGAAUAGAGUCUGGGAUGAUUCACCUUCAAAGUCAAAGUUAGAUUUUACCGACCAUGUGACUGAGGAUGAGGUGCAGAAUGUAGCAGCUGUGGCAGUGGAUCAAGGUGAGAGUAUGAUGGACAAAGAGGAAAUUAUCAAUGAUAGUGAAAGUGAGGAGGAUGAUGAGGAACCAGAGAAAGACAACAAGGUUGAUACAAAGAAAAAAGGGUGGUUCUCAUCUAUGUUCCAGAGUAUUUCAGGUAAGGCAAAUUUAGAGAAGGCGGACCUGGAACUACCCUUAAAAGCUCUUAAGGACAUGCUCAUGACCAAGAAUGUGGCUGAGGAAAUUGCUGAAAAGCUGUGUGAGUCAGUUGCAGCCAGCCUUGAGGGUAAAAAGCAAGCCUCCUUUACGAGAAUUUCUUCAAUAGUAAAGGCUGCAAUGGAGGAGGCUCUUGUCCGCAUAUUGACUCCUAAACGCUCCAUUGAUAUUUUGAGGGAUGUUCAUGCAGCAAAGGAACAAGGAAAACCAUAUGUCGUGGUUUUUGUAGGGGUUAAUGGAGUUGGGAAAUCAACCAAUCUUGCAAAGGUUGCUUAUUGGCUUCUACAGCAUAAGAUCAAUGUAAUGAUGGCUGCUUGUGACACGUUCCGAUCAGGAGCUGUGGAGCAACUACGAACUCAUGCCCGUAGGCUUCAGAUCCCAAUAUUUGAGAAGGGCUAUGAGAAAGACCCUGCAAUUGUUGCAAAGGAAGCAAUCCAAGAGGCAUCUCGCAAUGGCUCUGAUGUUGUCCUUGUUGAUACAGCUGGUCGAAUGCAGGAUAACGAACCAUUGAUGAGAGCACUAUCAAAGCUUAUUUAUGUUAACAGUCCAGAUUUAGUCCUGUUUGUUGGUGAGGCACUUGUGGGCAAUGAUGCUGUUGACCAAUUAUCAAAAUUCAAUCAGAAAUUGGGCGAUUUAUCACCCUCACCAAAUCCAAGAUUAAUCGAUGGAAUUCUCCUUACAAAGUUUGACACCAUUGAUGACAAGGUGGGAGCGGCAUUAUCCAUGGUUUACAUAUCUGGAGCACCAGUCAUGUUUGUGGGAUGUGGGCAGUCGUAUACAGACUUGAAGAAGCUCAAUGUCAAGUCCAUUGUCAAGACCCUGCUCAAGUAGUCGUGACCUUGUGUCGUUGUGUCUUGCUUUCUAUUGCGCAAACUUUAACGAUCAAAUCUUUGCUGCAGUUCAGUUUGUUGUGUCUGUUAUGUGAUAUUAAGACUUUGAAUGUUGUUACACAAUGCCUUGUCUUUGUUAUGUCAUCUCAGGACUUUGAAUGUUGAA